AAACACCAAACGCACACCCACCCGCCACUCAAUUCUCGAUAACUUCAUUUUUCCAUACAAUCCAUACAAUUACACAUGAAUGUUGCUUCGCGCGCGCAUACGACUACGCGCUUAAGGAUUCAAGAGAGUCGAGGGGGUUGAAGAAGAAGUUGUUGUUGUUGGUGUUUGUUGUUGUGUGUGUGUGUGUGGGGUGCAUGAGGCAAGACUGACAGAUUGUUGGCUACAAUAAACAUCUCUGGCUUGUGUGUGUUGGCAGAAGGAUACUAUACAUGCAUGUCACCACUUCGCCACGUUGAAACGCUGACUCCAAACCGCCUUUCGCUCUCGUUCGCCUUCGAUCAUCCUCAUCUACCAUACCAACAUCUCGAAGCAAGAGAGUCUGUUGCCGCUCAAGACACUACUAUUCCACUGUUGCCUUGAUCAUCUCCAUAGAUCUAUACCGACGACGCCGACUCCCACAAACCAACCCACGACAAACCUAAAACUACAAAACCAACAAGCUUUUUGACAUCUACCUUGGAUGUCAACCCCUCAUCUAUCAGACCAUCUCCCCCUCUCGCUAUUUUCGAUGAGCUGAGAGAUACAAUCUGAACGUGCAAGAUCGAGACCGCUCGUUCUUUCAUACCGCUUACCAACCACAUCACUUGACAUCUACUGCUUCACCAUACAAUGUCAUACUCGAAUAGCGGUGGCGGCACGCUUACCCUACCAUCGCCAACACAUGUUCGCCAUGUUGAUGUCACCUCAGCAGUAAGAUCUUUGCGACGCUCGCUGUCGCGAUCACCAUCAAAAUUUAACCUCAAAACGCAGAGAACCCCCGCACAGUCGCCAAAGACACCUUUAUCUCCCUCGCCUUUAUCCCCAGGGUCGCCCUCGGGACUUGGCCAAACACACCACAACUUCUUUGGCACACCAACCCAUGCGCCUUCGCCACUAGCGAAGCCCUUCCCGCCAAGCGUGAAGUUGUCGCUGCGCUCAGCGAAUCGCGCAAAGAACUCACCCACAACAUCUAGAGUGCGCACUUCUCCGAGGAGUCCACUAAAACGCGUCUCGACUAGCGAGUCCAACAACCGCCUUAACUCACAAUUCCCACUCGGUGUGACACUCCGAGAAGAAUACGAGAUGAAGAAGUGCGAGAACACCAGACCUACCGAACCCAAGAAUAUGGCGGCACAGAACCGCGAGAAGAAUACGCUCAACCCUGAGAUGAGCGCUCCAAUCAACCAAGCGCUGGCAAGAUUGGAGGGGACAAAUGAGGGCACCACUACGCCAACUUCGACAUCUAGCCCGUUGAAGCGCAGUGAUGCGAUUAUGAACCUGGACCAGGCGAGUCUAGGAAGCCCAGUUGCAAAGCGUAGAAGCUUGCACGGGUCUGGGACGUUCGGAUCUGACUUCAAUGUCUUUGAUCACGGACCAACGUCAUCACCAAAAUUUGAUAUCCACGAUGAUACAAAUGUGCCAGAGUUUGAGUUCUCCGCACAAUCUGUUACGGGAUCGACUUCAUUCUCUAGCAUGCCCAAGAGGUCAUCAUCUCUGCGCAAGUCGACUUUACAGCAGCGCCAGGAGAAGAGCGCUUCGUGGGGGAAGAGACAGGCAGUAUACGAGUUAUCCUCACUGUCAAAUGAGUACUCGACGCCAGCACCACCGAAGAAUAGGCCGCGCCUUUCCUUGGAUCAGUUCAUGCCACCUAUGUCUCGGGAUAGCCCAUUCUCAUCACAGGGCGCACUCCCAAACCCGUCGAUGCACAUGUUUAACCUCCAACCCACACAGAAACAACACCCACUAUCUAGGACGCUGACUACCUCUUCGUCAAGCUCUAGCAUGCCAGAUGACUCGCCAACCCACAUUCCCGCCAAUUUCGGCGAGAACCCGAGGCCAAAGCUGGACUUCUCAAAGUCUCUGCCUGUGGGUGCUCUGCGCCCUAUUGCCUUACAGACCAUUGCUCGGGAAGAGUUUGGCUCGAACACGUUCUCGACACCCGAGAACUACAAAUCGGCGAAGCCGAACCCACUUGCAUUCAUGUCUACUGGGCUUAUCUCAAAGGUCAACCACCACCCGGAAAUUAUGCCCCGCGGAAACGGCAAAUCGAAUAUGCCCGAUACUCCGUGUAAGAAGCCACUCAAUGGUUUCAACACAAUGCCUGCUCCGUCUGUUGCAGGAAGUGCCAUUGCGAAGGCUCGGCACAUUAGGCACUCUUUUGGCGCACCAUCCACUCCAUUCAACGUGAACGGAAUCCAAGGCGUAUUUGGCAUGAACAGCAACGUAUUUGGCAGCUCCUUCGGGAAUGGAGGUCUUGUUCGACGCGGUAGCUUUCUCAGCAUCGAUGGCGAUGAAGACAACCAGAACGACAGCCAGUCGGCCAGCGAUUACGAACUGCCACCAACCCCUACCAAGCAAGCACUUACCAGCAACAACACCAACCGCGGCAGCCCACAUGGACUCCGAUCUCUCCAACUUUCGGCAUUUGGCAAUGAGAUGUCAAAGGUCUCCUCAAGACCAAGAACAAGCACCUCUCCUCUGGACCGCAUAGAUUUUAUUGAGAAGCGCGCUCCACAAACACCAAGUGAAGAUGCGCUGCCGCACGACGCGGGCCGUUUCUCGAUUUCGGCUCGGAAGGCUCGCCAGCUCGCAAGGCAGGGAAGUGCAACGAGCGGAACUAUGCCACCACCGGCAACACCAACGACUGGCAAGGAUCUCCAGACUAACGGAGGUGUUACUCCUGUUAACGGAUCUGCGCCUGUUGAAGUGGACGAGGUCCUCACGUCCCUGUUUGAAACGGUUGAGAAGAUUGGCGGAGGCGAGUUCUCGGACGUCUAUCGCGUUACACAGCGUCAGGUCACCCAGGCCAAGGAGCAGUCGUUCUACUUGGGAACAUCGGAUUCUCCACUUGAAGGAGGAUCACCACCAUCCCCAGUGCCGGACCGUGCCUUCGCAGUUAAGAAGUCUCGCGCUCCGUAUACGGGAAACAAGGACCGUCAGCGCAAGCUGCAAGAGGUCAAUGUGCUCAAGGCACUCGGACGCUCGGACCAUAUCAUUCAGCUUUUCGACAGCUGGGAGACGAACGACCAUCUCUAUAUCCAGACGGAGUUCUGCGAAGAGGGCACUCUGCAAUUGUUCUUGAGGAAUGUCGGUAUGAAGGGUAGAUUGGACGACUUUAGAAUCUGGAAGAUCUUGCUUGAGCUCGGACAGGGUUUGCGUUAUAUCCACGACGCUGGAUAUCUGCACUUGGACUUGAAGCCGGCCAACAUCUUCAUCACGUUUGAAGGUGUCAUCAAGAUUGGCGAUUUCGGAAUGGCAACAUCUUACCCAGCACAGCAGGGAAUCGAAGGCGAGGGAGAUCGUGAGUAUAUCGGACCCGAGAUCCUUCUCGGCCAGUAUGACAAGCCGUCGGAUGUCUUUGCGUUUGGCCUCAUCAUGCUCGAAAUCGGAGGAAACGUUCUGUUACCCGAUAACGGACCAACGUGGCAGCGACUUCGGUCAGGCGACAUGAGCGAUGUUCCGAGUUUGACUUGGAGCAGCGCCAGCGCCGUGUCCCGCGACGCGACUGGCAUCCCGGUAGACGAUAGCGACACCAGCAUGGACUCGUAUCUCAGCGACGACGAGAUCGAGCGCGACCUGAAGUCUCAACGCAUCCAAGGCAGGAGGCGCAACUACAACCCUCCUAAGCGCUCGACUUCGCACGACCCAGCGAAUCUAUUUGGAUCUCUUAGGCGCGGCGAAUUGAACAAUGCCCCGGCGUUCAUGAAGGACCAAUACCACCGCGGCGCCCUCGAUGGACUCGUCAAGUGGAUGAUCACUCCUCGUCCUGAGGAGAGACCCACAAUCCACGAGGUUCUGGAGUCGGAAGGUGCUCGUUGGGUCGAGGCUCGUCGUCGUGCAGGCGCCACUGUCUUUGAAGGCAACUGGGGUCCUGGCGAUGACGUGCUGGCCGACGACGCCGAGAUGAUCGAUGUUUAAUCCCCAUAUACCCUUCAAUUUUGGCUUAUGCCACGCAGCUUCUUUGCUCAGCUCCUCGACUGGAUAGGAGAUUUGAGACGAGGAAGUUGGAUUGGGGAUUGGACAUUCGACCACCGCCUCAACUGGAUACGCGCCUUUUAUGAUUCUACGCUUGUUGCUUGCCCUUCUACGCCGCCGACGCUCCUUACGACGACCCCUGAUUUGAGUAUGUGUUUACGACAUGAUUGUUUUUUACGCCUUCGACCACCUUUUAUGAUGAUUUGAGAUUUGAGAUUUUUACUGGCAUCGCGGAGCCUUGAGAAAGGAUGAGAGAUAUCCCGGAUACGAAAUAGCGUUCUUGUUUGGAAUGCCCCCCGUUUUAUAACGACAGCGAUUUGUGCUUGGGCUUUUGAUUUAUUGGUUUUCGAAAAAGAGCGAGGUUUAUUGUUUGUGCUUGUUUCCCGCGGGAGGCCCCUGGAAUUGGGGUUUUUUAUCAUCUCGCGGAUUACGAGGAAUCUUUUAUGCAGGGCUCUCUCGUAACACUUCUCCUCGUCCCGAAGAUAGGGAGUGGGAGAGGGGGUUCCUGAUGCAAAAGAAGGGAAUAUAGUGAGAUCUCCCGCGGGAUUUGAUUUUUGCGGCACGCAUGGACGGGGAGGAAAAUGUGGUACAUUUUGCUGGUUGUGUGUUUGGAGUAUAUCUUUGCUUCUGCUUCUUGUUUGUGCGAGAAUGGGGGUGCAUUUACGGGACAUCUGGAAAUGAUGACUUUGUUAGAGUAUUGUGUGUAUGUACCGAAAGAACGGAUUAGGAAUGGGAGGUGGAUUUGAGAGUUGAGAAGGGGAUGGAAGGGGAGGGGGGGAUGGAUGAUGGGGAUAGAUGGAUUGAGGGAU